AAAAAGCUAGGGCAAUUUUAGCCGUGGAUCUGAAUCCAAAGGGGUAAGCCAUAAAACCUAAACGUGAGUUUUAAUGCGUUUAGAGUUUCUCCAUCUCUCGGUCGCUCCGUAACUCCCCACGCACGCUGCAAAUUCUUAAGUUUAUAGAGUGCCCAUUGGAGAAAGAAAACGAUGGAGCCACAGAAGCACCUGAUCAAACCUCAACCGCCGCCGUGCCGGUAGCCGUUGAACCAGCUCCGAAGACGUGGAAUCUCUCGUCAAGAAAACCGGCGCCAAAGCUUCCCAUUGCUGACAGUGACAAACUGAGAGUAUAAGAGAAUCUGAGUAAGAGCGACAGCGAGAUUUGGCAAUAAAAAAGAGAGGAAGAAGAAGAACUUAAUAUCUACUUAUCCAAUUCAAUCCAAAUCCUACUUUAGCAAAACAUCAAGGGCCUUCCAAAGGAUUGGCGUGCUAGGUGUUUCCUCUAAGCUUGAUUUUGAAGUGGCUGUGUUUGGUGAAUGGUGUUGGAAGUGUUUAGUUGUAAGAGUAAGAAAGGGGACAUGAAAGGAGGAAGGAAGAAUCUGAAGAGGGCAGCAAAGGAAGACAGCUUGAAUCUGCGGGACGGGCAGGGCAUUAUGCAAGUGCUCUCUCUUCGAGGUUCUAAUCUCAUUGAGGUAAUGGAUGCAAAAGGGGAGAAAUCACUGGCAUUGUUUCCGGCUAAGUUUCAAAAGAGCAUGUGGAUUAAACGAGGUAGUUUUGUUGUGGUUGACAUAAGUGGAAUGGAAAAGGCUCUUGAAUCAGGCAGCAAGGUUUCAUGCAUUGUUUCCCAAGUUCUCUUUUAUGAACAAGUUCGUGCGAUUCAGAAAUCUCCAGAAUGGCCAGAAAUAUUCAAAUCUACAAAUGUGGAUGGUUCCAAUGGGAGUUUGCAUGGGCAGACUUCCCAACAAGAAGAGAAUGUGCUUGAAUCUAGUGAUGAUGAGGGACUUCCCCCAAUUGAAGCCAAUACCAAUAGAAUCAGACCCAAAGAAUUUCAACCAGAUGCAGAAUCAGAUUCCAGUUCAGAUAUAGAUUCUUAAGUUAUUCUGUAUGGACCCCUCUCAGCUUCAUUGUAACAAUUGCAGCCACAGCCAACUUGACUAAUCUGUGGCUGGGAAAGAGUUGUCUUAACAACUGAAAUUGUUGUCCAAUUUGCUCGAUGGGAUUUUUAUUGUACAAUAACGUUCACAAAUCUUGAGAGUGAAAACUCACCCACCAAUAGGAUUUUGAGAAAUGCGAGAAAUCAUAUUUUUAUUUGAUA